CUUGACGUUAACUGUGGAAAGGGGGAAGGGAAACUGAGAUUGGAGGGAGAGAAACUGAGAUAUCCAUGACAACCAGUUUGACAUAGCAUGGCAUGAGUGCCCCCUAUUGGUUGGAUCCUGUCAAGGAGAAGGCCCACUCCAACUCUGCAAGACUUCGACUCGCCCCACCUGGGCUUGAACAUUGUUACAUCGUGGAUGUGAGGUGCCAACAUUGAGUGUCAAAGCAAUGAAGCGGCUGGGAAAGAGAGAGGCCAUCCCAGACCAGCAGUGUCCUUACCCAGCCCUGCAGCCCCUCUAAUGGGGCAGGAUGCACAACAACUGAAUUCAGUGAGAUCAACCUGUUGACUCUAGUCUGGACCGAGAGAGAGAGGAAGGAAGGAAGGAAGGAAGGAAGGGGAAGUUUGACAAGCAGUAGUUGUGGAAAGGGACACAACAGACAACAUGGGGGUCUUCCCAAAAGCACUUCUGACCGCCUCAGUCUGAGAAAUUAAGCUUUAAAGAACAGGGAUUACACACUCACACAUACAUAGACACACACACUCAUGCCAUGGAAGAGGACAGCGGUGUCACAUCACACACAGAGGGUCUGAAUGGUGUGUUCCAUGAAUGUAAAGAGACAGAGGAGCUAACCAAUGGCCACUCCAACCACAAACCUGUGAUGAAUGGACUGACACCAGGUCAUAGUGUCAAAGAGCACGCCAACGGAAGUUCACUGCUCAAGUCUCUGCCAAUUUCAGCUCUGAAGCAGAAUGGCCUUCUGCGGUCCCUGGCUGCAGGAGGAGAGCAACCCAAGACUGAAGAAGAGAGUGCGGAGGUGGAGCAGGCACGAGAGGAGUGGGAGGCUCUAGAGAGUAUCCAACCAGUGGUCAGUGAGGAGUCCAGUCCCACUCCUCUCAUCUCCUUUAAUGAGGCGCUACAGCACUUCCAGACCACAGACCUUGGCGAGGUGCUGAAGAACAUCCAGCCCACCAUCCGUAGGACGGGUCUGGCCGCUAUCACACACUUCCUGUUCGGCCCGCCGCGACUUCACCGAGAACUACUGGAGGAGAGGGACCUGGUCUUCGCCAUCGCACAGUGUUCUCUGGAUAACAGUCAGGCUGUACACAUGCGUGUUCUACAGACCAUCUAUAAGAGGCUGACAGGCAGCAAGCAGGACUGUCCUCGGUUCGGCACACACUGGGAGAACGUGGGCUUUCAGGGUAUGGACCCAGCCACAGACCUGCGUGGUACAGGUUUCCUUGGGCUGAUGCACACCCUGUACCUGGUGAUGGACCCUGAGACUCUGCCUCUAGCCAGAGACAUCUACAAGCUGUCCCAACACCCCACACAGAACUUCCCGUUCUGUGUGAUGUCCAUCAACAUGACCCGUAUCGCCCUGCAUGCACUCAGAGAAGAGUCCCUCUCCAAGGAAUGUAACCGUCGGCAGCAGGUAGUGGGGGUGUUGAAUGAGUUCUAUGUUGCCACGUUCCUGCACCUCUACCAGCUUUGGAAGAGCCAGCAGAAGACUAUCUCUGACUCUGGCUUUGUCCUCAAAGAAGUGGAACUGUUUGCCAAAAAGAACCCCAAGCAGAUGCUGCGUCGGCUUGACGUCUUCCUGAGGGAGAGGAGGUCGGGUGGCGCCCCCCGGGCCUCCCCAGACCCCACGGCCCAGCAACCCUCACCCUACCUGGGGGAGAGAGGGGCCAGGUCUGAGGGAACCAGGGGCAAGGAGAUGCACUUCACUGGAGUGUGUGAGCUGACACCAGACAUGGAGGGAGAGGCCAGGCUCAUCUGACACUCUGGGACAGAGGGAGAGCUAGAGAGAGACUGAGAGUGAGAGACUGUAUGUGAGUACGGCUAGACUAGUCUGAGCUGGAAAGAGAGUGUGUGUGUGUUAGUGUGUGUGUGAGAGACAGAAAGAGAAUGAGAACCCCACCAAGCCCUGACCCCACUACUUGUGGUACAUACCCAUUGAUGCUGUAAAGCUGCUCUCAGAUCAGUUUGUAUGGGAUCACUUUUCUCCCAACAGAAGUACAUGACGGUGUGGCGGUCAGUUAACACUAAAUCACAGACAUGGGACUGAUGGAUGAAUAGAAGAUGUCAUUAAAGAGAAAGUAUUAGCGUUUUCUCUGGGUCUAGUGCAGGGACAGGCAAUUUUACCCAACAAGGACUGUCAGUGCAGGCUUUUGCUCCAGCCAAGCAGUAACGCACCUGAUUCUUCUACUAAUCAUCCAAUCAUAGUCUUUAAUCAAGGCUUCGAAAAGUCGAAUCAGGUGUGUUAUAGCUUGGCCGGAGCCAAAGCCUGCAGAGUAAGACUGCCCACCCUUGGUUUAUUGAGGCCAAAUCAGUAGCUGCCAAACCCCAGGGCACUGAUCUGUCUAUACGGCCCCAGGAGAGUUCUGGAAAGCCAUAGUGUGUAUGUCUGUUUUCUACUGUCAGCAAAACCAAGCCUGGGUGUGUUUUUGUGUGUGUGUGUGUGCUGGGUAUGAAGGUAAAGGUGUGUGUUGGCUUAUAGGGAGUUGGAACAGUGAGCAAUGUGUUUGUGUGUGUAGUCAGGCUAUUGUGUGUGGUGGGUCUGUGGGCUCGGAUGGUUAUUGUCUCCAUCUCCCAGUGCAGGUUGAAUAGGCCCAGAGCCCCCCUAUUGUAUGGGGGAUAUAUUUUUUAAUAAUUUAAAAACUAUUUUAGUCCUUUCCAAAGGGAUAUCUGUCAUGAAAAUAGAUGAAAUUAUACUGUAUAUGAAAAUGAUAUUAUAUGGAUAUAGCAAUUGAUGAUAUUUAUAAAAGUGAAAGGAACUUCUUCUGCUAAGAAACUCAGGAUGAGGGUUAGAAUUGUUAAGCCCAGUUCAGAUACAUAAUAUGAGACGCGACGCAACGCAACUGUCUUUAAGGUAAAUUCUGCGAAAUGACAUUGCCACGAGCAGCAACGCAGAUAUUGAGAUGCAAGACUAAGCUCUCUCACAGCCGCACACAGUAUCUGCGCAUGCGCACGGGUUUGCUUCAGGCUCUUGGCGCGUGGUAGCCACAGGACCAAAACAGCGGAGAAGUUGACCCUCAUGCUUCAAGUUGUUGCGGAAAUUUACCCACUAUACUGUUUACUUUCUGCAUCAUAAUGCUGAGCCUACCUUUAAGGGGUUUUAUAACUAAGUUUGUUUGAUAUGAACGGAGUAGUUUUAGAACGUCUCAUGUCGUUGGCUGGAGUUUCCAAGAUUCAACAUGUCAAAUCUUUAGCUAAACUCUUUCGACGAGACUGAUCCAUUAUAGCCAAUCAGAGAAACGUGUGCUAACGUUCUGUGUUCAGCCAAGCAGCUAGCUAGCCAAGCAGACAAUUAGCUAGCUAUUUUGCUGCACAUAGCUAGCCUUGCUUGCUGAUACAGUAUUUAUCUGACAAGUCACAAAAUGUACACUGUUUCUGGUGCUUGUAUUUCAUGACACUCGUUUGCUACAACAAGUGGCAACUUCGUUUCAAAGUUUCAUCCCGUAAUUGUAAAGAGGCACCGUUACUGUGGAAACGGUCUCAACUGCACUUCUCGUCUUGAUCUGAUUGCCCCUUCUUUAGUCAGCUGUUGUACAACAUUCUAAAAUUAGCUCGUUUUUAUCUCGUCUCAUGUCGGCUGUUGUAUCUGAACUGGGCUUUAGCCUUUGUCUCAAAUGAUACCCUAGUAGUCCCUAUAUAAAGUUAUACUUUCGAUCAUAUGUCCUGUGUUGCUCUGGUCAAAAGUAGUGAAUUAUAUAAUAAAAAGGGUUUCAUUUGAGAUGAGCAUUUAGACAGGUCAGUCAAGCCACCAGCUGACUAGCCAUGGAGUAGCAGAGUAUGUUGGUGGGGUGGUUUAGUCUGACUAGUGAAAGAAGUCUGCUGGAAGCUUUCUACAUACAUUCCGUUAUAGAGCAUCCAACUGGAGUUGUUUGACCAGUGCAAGAUAAAAGCCAAUUGUGUGUGGGUUAUCUGACUAAAUGGAUAGUGCACACAAAUUACACAUUUAACUCAUCUCAUGGAUAUCUAGAAUGAGCUAAAGCUUAGGGUGUCCAUAGACAACGUGGUAUUGUUAUGAUGAGGAACAUUUGUGAUUUGGGUGAAUUUAUUUCUUUUAAAUGAUAAGCUUAUAGUGAUGAUAACAGUGAAGGGUGUCUCUCUAAGAAGGUGUACCGUAUGCAAUCCCAACUCUGUCAUGGAUAAUCAGUAAUAAUAGUGUUGUAUGAUGAGGGAAAUCCUUCCUCAUUUCAGGGUGGGUGUGCGCGUGUCUGUGGGGAAUGGUACAGUAUGGCAGGGGAGCGUAGCUCUGCAGUCUCAAUCAGUAGCAUGUUCAGGUAGCACUAGUACUGUAGCAUCUGAUAGCAUCCUUGUUGUUUUACCUUCCUUGUAGAACUUGUUGCUCUUGGUCAUGUCUCAUUUACAGUCUUUAGUGUCGGUGAGUGUGCAAGCUGUUACUAUAGUACAUUCACCCCCCCCCGCCCAGAGGAUGUCAUGUUGCCCUCUAAGGGCAGCCCAUAAGGUUGGAUGUAUCAUUGUGUCAGGGGUUAUCUCUUUUGAGGCAACACAAACCCAUUCAACUCAUUCUAAAGUAUACACAUCUAUACACAUGAUAUAAACAUCUAUAAACGUGGACAUUAUCAGCUCCUAUACAUAGCCUACCUUGUUUUAUUGGGUUAUUUCCAAGCACAUUACUCUCCACAUAUACCCCCUAUUUAAAAAACAAAAAGGAAUUUGUGCUCUUUAUUUUGCCAAGCGUAUGUGUUUUUGUUGAUCAGCAAAAUUUGCACUCUUAUAGAAUGUUGGAGGUGUGUACAGUGUGAGUGUUGCUAGGUGACUGAAUAUUAUGCUUUGUCUGUGUUGUGUUUUCAACCCACCUUAAAGGAACAGGGCUCUACUCAAUAUCUCUUUGUAGCCAUAAUCUCACCACCCCUCUUUAAUCUGAAAUAAUGGCCUAAAGUCAGUCAUAUAACUGAACCUGCAUUUCAGAUCGUGAAGAUACACAUAAAGUUGUUGUUUUUUGUUCUAUUUUAGCAGAGGGGCUUGUUCCAGUUCAGUGUGUGAAUCAGGAAGUUUGUACAAAAGAUGAUUGUAACUAUAUGAUUGUCAGUAGGGCAUUCUAUUGAAACACAUUGCUUACCUCAAGACUUGAGACACAUCUUCUCUUUCUCUACUUUGAAUGUCUGUUAAGAAGGACAAUGGCUUCUCACUUCAUAUAAUGGCAGGUUGUAUCUUUUCUCUUUUCAUUUGUUAUACACAUACUCCCUCAUACACAGCUUGGACGUCAAAUGUCAUGUAUAUUCCACACCUGAAACACUAGUGAACUAACACUGAAGCUGGUAGGUCUAUGUAAUUUAUUUCAAAUGACACAGGCCCACUAUUGGCCCACACACACACGCUUAGAUCCACAUAGCUUUAUGUCAGCUUGACUGCAGAUCCACUCUAAUGGUAUUUUGAACAAUCAUUACUGAUGUUGACUGUGUUAAUGAUAAGCUAAUUUACUUGUGGCUUCGACGGUAUCCACUUUCGUGUGUGUAUUGGUGAUUGUUCCCACCUUCGACCAUGUCCAGAAAAAAAACACGUAAUAACACAAUGAUAUUAUGAUAUUAGUUUCUGAUUGUACAGAACAUUUGUGCUGCUUCUCCAAAUUUGAUUUGCAGUCCUAAAUCAAGGUUUUGGGUUGAAUUUUGCACAAGUUGGGUCAUAUUUUGUUUUCAACAGUUAGACCUCCUCAGUUCAGAACCAAGAGAAAACGGGUCUUAGGCAGGAUGCAAGGUACUCUGAAAUGAGUGGUCUGAAUCUCUGCUUUGUGGACAACAAAUCACUUCCUGAAUCUCCUGCGCUUUAUAUGAAGGUGUUCUACUGUUGCUGUUGUCGUCUUUUGUCCCUGAAAGCAUUUUAUGACUGUACCUUGAUUGUAGAAGCCCUAUUUUAUAAUGAGAGUUAUUUCAGAAAUAUGUGCCGUUGUACAGUAAUGUAUUGUAUGGAGAAACCUAAAUAAAUGCAAUUUAAAACA